AUCACCGCAACAGCAGCAGCAGCAGCUUUACUACCAACAUCAUCAUCAUCAUCAUCAUAGCCAUACACAUACACAGCCGUUGCAACCAAAAGCCGCACAUCGUCAUCACGUGGAGCAGCUGCAGCUGUUGCACAGCCAUCACGCUCACAGUCAUGCAACAGAGCCGCAAUUGCCACGCUCGCCCAGCUCCGAGGAGGAUAAUUCACCAACGGAAAUGAAUAAUUGUCGUCGCCUGGCGGAUAAACCACCGCUGGUGAAGCGUCUCACCAUGGGCAUGGGUCUGCUGCGCUGCAGCGAGGACAGCCGCCCGCUGGUGCACAACACCCGCUCCUCCUCGCUGAACUCCGGCUCCUCGCAAACAAUAUCCGAUGGCUAUGUGAACGAGGCCAUCUGUGAGCCAGACAAGUAUGUGGCAAGCAAAUUUGGUGACUCCUGCCGCCAAUCGUUGACUGCCCUGGAAACGGCCACGCAACGUCUGCACUCCGAGCUGCCGAACAGUAAAAAGUAUUUGAGGGAAACCUGCAGUGCCAACUCCAGUCCCAAGAUGCUUGCCAGCAAUUCACCCUUGCGCCUGGAUAAUCUCAGUUUGGCGGAGCAGCAAGAACUUAAGGGCGCCGCCUGGUAUCAAGCAGGCAUACCACGAGAGAUCUCAUUGGAGGUAUUGUCCCGUCAAAGUCCUGGUGCCUUUCUAGUGCGGCAGAGCAGCACCAAGCCCGGCUGCUUUGCAUUGUCCUUGCGUGUGCCGCCGCCAUCACCGAAAGUGGCGCACUAUCUCAUACUGCGCACACCACGGGGCUACAAGAUUAAGGGUUUUACCAAGGAAUUUAGUUCACUGCGUGCGCUUAUCACACAUCAUUCGGUGAUGCCGGAGCUGCUGCCAGUGCCACUGACACUGCCUCGUCCAGUGCAUCGCACUCGAGCACAGAUCUACGGCAAUGGUGGUGGAGACUUCGAGAUGUAUGGCUCGCUAAACGACUUUCGCAAAAUGAUGGCCGAUUUGAAUGUGUGACCGUUGGGCGCACACUUAAUUAAUUAAGUUAUUAUGUCACGUUAAUUGAAUUAAGCCAGGAGAUACACAGCUUGGGUCUGGCUGUCUAGGCAGGAUAACAAUCUGUUUAAUUUGCUUAAUUGGCUGUGCUGACUGGAUACACAUGCCAUAGCUGGCCCCGAACAAGACUAAAAGAAUUGUAAACAAUUUUACAAACAAUUUUUAAUGAAAGGCAGCGCUUGGAGGGCGUCCGGGGCAUUUGUUGUCUACAUGCACAUAAAAAAUUCAGUUCAAAUCAAAAAUAUAUGAAAAUAUGAUACCAAUAUUAAAACAAGCAAACAA